AAAAAAGUCAUCCAUUGCCAUUAGAAACAUUCGCGCCCAAAACCACAAAAUUUUCCCGCCAUUUUACACCCAUUGAAGUCCAUUUCCCAUUUCGCCCCAACGAUUUCAGAAAGAAAGAGAGUGAGAAAAGGAAAAGAAAGUGCCUCUCAGUCUCAGAUUCGAAGAGAGAAACACACUCACACUCGCACUCACAAAACCAGAGUAGACAAUGGCGGACGAGCAAUCUGCAGCUUCCGCUCGACGGCGGGCCCGAGGCCCAGAGGCGACGGCGCGCCACGAGGCUUUAGAGCGUCUGAAAGCCCUUCGUCAGGGCGGAUCCCGCCGAUCAGAGUCCGGCGCCGGCGUAGAGUUCCAGAUCAAGCUGGAGAAACCGAUUUACGACACCGUCGAAGAGGACGAGUACGAUGCACUCGUGGCCAAGCGGCGAGAGGAGGCUAGGGCUUUUAUUGUCGACGACGACGGCCUCGGCUAUGGCGACGAGGGCGAGGAAGAGGACUGGUCUAAGUCCAGCCUCCCUUUAUCGUCCGGUGAGUCGGACGGCGAACCGGAGAGGCCGAAGCGGAAGAAGGCAGAGAAGAGGGAGCCACAGCCGAAGAAACCCUCCGCUUCUUCUGCUUCUUUAUCGGCCGCCGCAGCUAUGAUGGGGAAACAGAGGCUCUCGUCGAUGUUCACAUCGUCAGUGUUCAAAAAGGGCAAGGAUGAGAAGGCGAAAGGGUUUUCGGGUUGUGAUAGUAUUGUUGAUGAUGUGAUUGCAGAGUUUGCACCGGAUGAGAACGAUAGAGAGUGGCGUAGAAGGUCGCAACCGCAACCGCAAUUGCAAUUGCAUUCGGGUUCGGUGCCGGUUUCCAAGAGUUUUGCUCCGGUUAGUGGUGUUAAGAGCGAGAAUUUAUAUGUUGGAGGAGCUGAUUUUGUAGAUAGGAGUGAAUUGGCAAGUGGGGUUGUUGCCAAUGGUGAUUCUGUGUUGAAUUUGGAGCGAAAUCGUGAGGAGGAUGAGAAGGUGGGUUUGAUUGAGGAAUCUGAAGGUGGGGGAGGAUUGAAAUGUGAGGACCCAAUUGUGGAAUUGGAUAAAUUUUCAAGUAAAGAAGGUUUAAUUGAGGAGAAGAUGGAGAAUGGUGUUGAAAUGAAUGCGGAAACGGUGGUCAAGAAGGAAGAGAAUAAGGGUUAUGCUUUGAAUGCAAAGAUUAAAAAAGAAGAGAACAAUCCGGCCUUGAGUGCGACUGCAGGAUGGCAGGCAGUGAGGAGUGGAGGAAAUGGGAGCAUUGAUGGUGGUGUUGCAAAGGAGGUCAGUAAUGGUUCAAGCUGUGAAGAGAAGACGGAUUUCGAUCUGGACUCAGAUGGUUCAAUGCCUUUCUACAUUCUUGAUGCGCACGAGGAGUUUUAUGGUGCUAAUAUGGGCGUCGUAUAUCUGUUUGGGAAGGUCAAAGCAGGAAGUACAUACCAUAGUUGCUGUGUUGUUGUAAAGAACAUGCAAAGAUGUGUCUAUGCAAUUCCAAAUGGCUCUUUGUUUCACAGUGAAGAGAUGAUAAAGCUUGAGAAAGAUUUGGCAGAAUCUCGGGUUUCUCCCACAGUUUUCCAUACAAGGCUGCAACAUUUGGCUUCAGGAUUAAAGAGUGAAAUUGCAAAGAAGUUGUUAGAUAUCAAUGUCUCAGCUUUUAGCAUGGCACCGGUUAAGAGGAAAUAUGCAUUUGAGCGAUCUGACAUACCUAUGGGGGAGAAUUAUGUACUUAAGAUCAAUUAUCCAUUCAAGGACCCGCCACUUCCAGUGGAUUUAAAAGGGGAAUCUUUCUCUGCUCUGCUAGGAACUCAUUGCAGUGCUUUGGAGCUUUUUCUUAUUAAAAGGAAGAUUAAGGGGCCUUCCUGGUUAUCAGUUUCAAAAUUUUCCAGUUGUCCAACUCCUCAACGGGUGAGCUGGUGCAAAUUUGAGGUGACUGUUGACUCUCCAAAAGACAUACAGAUGUCAUCUUCAUCAAAGGAGAUUCCUCCAGUGGUUGUUACAGCAAUAAAUUUGAAAACUAUUAUCAAUGAAAAGCAGAACAUAAAUGAAAUUGUCUCCGCAUCUGUUGUUUGCUGUCACAAGGCCAAGAUUGACACUCCAAUGUUGGCCUCAGAAUGGAAGAGACCUGGUAUGCUUAGCCAUUUUACUGUUGUCCGCAAGCUUGAUGGGAACAUAUUUCCAAUGGGAUUUGCUAAAGAGGCUACUGAUAGAAACUCAAAGGCUGGAUCAAAUGUUAUAAGCUCUGAAAGCAGUGAAAGGGCUUUGUUAAAUAGGUUGAUGAUUGAAUUAUACAAGUUGGAUAGUGAUGUUCUGGUUGGACAUAAUAUAUCGGGGUUUGAUCUGGAUGUACUUCUCCACAGAGCUCAGACUUGCAGAGUACCUAGCAGUAUGUGGUCCAAAAUAGGUCGCCUCAAGCGUUCUGUGAUGCCUAGGCUUGUAAAAAGAAGCAACAUGUUUGGGUCUGGGGCAAGUCCAGGAAUCAUGUCUUGCAUUGCUGGUCGGCUCUUAUGUGAUACAUAUUUGUGUUCCCGUGACCUAUUAAAAGAGGUCAGUUAUUCUUUGACACAACUUGCAAAGACUCAGCUGAACAAAGAUCGGAAGGAGAUCACUCCACAUGAUAUUCCUAGAAUGCUUCAAACUUCAGAAUCUCUCAUGGAACUCAUUGAAUACGGUGAGACAGAUGCUUGGCUGUCUAUGGAACUCAUGUUUCACUUGAGUGUUCUGCCCCUCACACGUCAGCUGACUAGUAUCAGUGGUAAUCUCUGGGGAAAAACUCUUCAGGGUGCUAGAGCACAGAGAGUAGAAUAUCUUUUAUUGCAUGCAUUUCAUGCAAAGAAAUAUAUUGUCCCGGACAAGAUGUCAUAUCCUAUGAAGGAGACAAAAUUAACAAAACGAAGAAUUAACCAUGGUGUUGAGGAUGGAAAUUUUGAUGAAUUGGAAGUGGAUGAUGCAAAUAUUGAUAAUGAUGUCCCCCAUAGUGAUCAUGGAAAAGGCAAAAAAGGUCCAGCCUAUGCAGGUGGCUUGGUCUUGGAGCCAAAGAAGGGUUUAUAUGACAAGUAUAUAUUACUUCUGGAUUUCAAUAGUCUUUACCCUUCUAUCAUUCAGGAAUACAAUAUCUGCUUCACAACAGUUGAGAGAUCUUUGGAUGGAUUAGUUCCCCGCUUACCAUCUAGUAAAACGACAGGAGUGCUACCUGAGUUGCUGAAAUAUCUGGUAGGAAGGAGGAAAAGGGUGAAGCAAUUGAUGAGGACUGAAUCUGGUCUCAAAGUCCAGCAACUAGACAUUCUGCAACAAGCAUUAAAGCUCACUGCAAACAGUAUGUAUGGGUGCCUGGGGUUUUCCAAUUCACGAUUUUAUGCGAAGCCACUGGCAGAGCUUAUAACACUACAAGGAAGGGAGAUUCUGCAGAGUACAGUUGAUCUUGUUCAGAAUAAUUUGAACUUGGAGGUAAUAUAUGGUGAUACAGAUUCCAUUAUGAUUUACAGUGGGCUUGAUGAUAUUCCAAAAGCAAAAGCAAUUGCAGAGAAAGUCAUCCAAGAGGUUAACAAGAAGUAUAGGUGUUUAGAAAUUGAUCUUGAUGGUUUGUACAAGAGAAUGCUGCUUCUCAAGAAAAAGAAAUAUGCAGCUGUCAAAGUGCAGCAGCUUAAGGAUGGGUCUCCAUACGAGGUUAUUGAACGCAAGGGUCUUGAUAUGGUUCGUCGUGACUGGAGCUUACUAUCAAAGGAGUUGGGGGAUUUUUGCCUAAGUCAAAUUUUGUCGGGAGGGUCAUGUGAGGAUGUUGUUGAAUCAAUACAUAACUCUCUAAUGAAGGUACAAGAAGAUAUGAGAAAUGGACAAGUGUCACUUGAGAAAUACAUCAUCACAAAGACAUUGACUAAACCCCCUGAAGCCUACCCAGAUGCCAAAAACCAACCACAUGUUCAAGUGGCACAACGGUUGAAGCAAAGUGGUUACACUGCAGGCUGCAGUGUUGGUGAUACAGUCCCUUAUAUAAUAUGCUGUGAGCAGGGGACUGGUUCAGCUAGUUCAACAGGGAUUGCUCAGCGUGCUAGACAUCCUGAUGAACUGAAAAGAGAAGAUGGGAAAUGGAUGAUUGACAUUGAUUACUACUUAUCACAGCAGAUUCAUCCUGUGGUAUCACGGCUUUGUGCUUCAAUUCAAGGUACAAGCCCAGAACGCUUGGCUGACUGCUUAGGGCUGGACUCAUCUAAGUUUCAAAACAAAUCAAGUGAAGCUGUCAACAAUGAUCCUUCCAGCUCACUCUUAUUCGCCGUAGAUGAUGAGGAGAGAUAUCGGGGUUGUGAGCCUUUGAUCUUGUCAUGUCCCAGUUGCUCUGGUACUUUUGACUGUCCAGCUGUCUUCAGUUCCCUUUGUAUGUCAAUCAGUGAUAAGCCAGCAAAGCCACAAGUAGAGGAACCCCCCUGCAAUUUUUGGCAAAGGUUGCGCUGUCCCAAAUGCCCAGAAGAAGGCACAGUGGGUAGAAUAUCUCCUGCACUGAUUGCCAACCAGGUCAAAAGGCAAGCAGAGGGGUUUGUGUCAAAGUACUACAAGGGCGUAAUGACCUGUGAUGAUGAAACUUGCAAAUACACCACACGCAGUCUCAACCUCCAGCUGGUUGGUGAUUCUGAGAAAGGAACAGUUUGUCCAAACUAUCCUCGCUGUAAUGGACGUCUCAUUAGAAAGUACACUGAAGCAGAUUUGUACAAGCAGCUGGCAUAUUUCUGCCAUUUGUUAGACACUGUACGCUGCAUAGAAAAGAUGGAGGGUAGCACUAGACUACCGCUUGAGAGAGAGUUGGCCAAAAUUCGGCCGAUGGUCCAGUUGGCUGCAUCAACUGUUCAAGGGAUACGGGAUCGUUGUGCCUAUGGGUGGGUACAGCUGCAGGAUUUUAUCAUCACAGUCUGAAUUUCUAAAUGAUGCAGAUCUUGGCGCGUUAAUGUUAGUUUAGAUUAUUCUUCUUUUACCUUCUGCUUUGUAUAUAUUGGACAUAAAUUUAUACAAUAUAGGGCCUGGAAAAUCAAAGAGAGCUUGUAAAACUCAACAAGUUUGGUGAAUUAAAAAUCAUUUGUAUACUGUUGAUAUUUAUAAGCACAUGGCACAUAGUUUUAAUCGUA